UACUAGCGCUAACCUGCCCGAGAGACAGGAAGAGGAGAAUUGCUUUGUGUGUGGAGUAGGCUCACUCGUUUAACUUUGGCAAAAUGGGAAAUGCUUUUGAAAAGCAAUGAACAUGAAUGUCAACGGAAGAAUAAUGAAAAACCGACGAAUAAAGCGACUAUUUUGAUGGACAUAGUUAAUUUCAACGAGACGGAUAGUUUUUUUUAGCUGCGUCCUAGCGUGACACAGUUGGCAGCACAACUAACGUUAAGCUCAGCGAGGCAGAGGCUCUCUCAAACUUGGGAGGAUUACCAGAAGAUAUAACAACACUCCAAUUGAUGCUUGCUGAGCUACAGUUCUUCGAGAUGUUAAUGUUCCUUACUCGAAAGCAACGCAGAAGGAUUACAAAAAAGUUUAAAUAAGAGCGACGUGCGUCUAUUUGAGGGGUUCAUAUUUAAAUUUCCCUCCUUUUUUUAGCCUAGGGCAGAACCAGAAAAGGGGUUCACAGAAAUCAAUCAACAGUUUUGGGGUCCAGUUUGAAAUUCAGGAGACCAGACAGUUUGCGGCGCUUGGGGAGAGUUUGUUUUGAUGUAAUCACGACGGUGUCUGUCUAGUUACAAGGAAACACUCACUAUUUGAAUAGUUCGGUUGUUUUAAUUUUUUACUUUUCAUAAGAACACACUAGCCAUGGAUCCAAAUUCGGGGAAUGGGGCAUCAGCCCCUGUUUCUAAAGGAGGAAAAGAGAAGAAGCCUAAGAAAAAUUAUGAGGAUGGAGAUGGCAAGAAAAAGUUUAAACUUAAAAGGCUGAUUCCUGAUGAGCUGGAGCGCUUCACCAGCAUGCGCCAGAAGAAGGAGAAGGAGAAGCCGAGUCACCACCCGGGCCAGAGGCACUCGACCGCCGCCCAGUACGAGGUGCCCGCCGGCGCCGCCAUGCUGCACGAGCACCCAGACGAGUACGUGCUGGACCUGUUCGAGAAGAUGCUGGUGGACAUGAAUCUGAAUGAGGAGAAACAGCGGCCCUUGCGGGAGAAGGACAUCAGCAUCAAGAGGGAGAUGGUGUCUCAGUACCUGCAUACCUCCAAGGCUAGUCAAAACCAGAAAGAGAGCUCCAAGUCUGCACUGAUUUAUAUUCAGGAGCUGAAGAGUGAACCCCGAGACACACAGCUGCUCAGCGUCCUGGAGUCUCUGAGGGUUUCUCUCAACAAUAACCCAGUCAGUUGGGUGCAGCAGUUUGGGGAUGAAGGCUUAGCUUUGCUGCUCAACAUCCUGAAGAAACUCCAAGAAGAGGAACCGAACAUGGACCCGAGGAGCAUGGAGGUCAAGUGUCAGCAUGAGAUCAUCCGCUGCAUCAAAGCGUUCAUGAACAACAAGUAUGGUCUGAAAGCCAUGUUGGUGUCGGCCGAGGGCAUUCCUCUCCUGGUGAGAGCCAUGACCCCCAAGGUGCCACACAUGAUGGUGGACGCUAUCAAGAUCCUGUCCGCCAUCUGCAUCCUGGACCACCCCGAUAACCUGCAUGAGAGAGUUUUGGAGUCCCUAACAGAGAUAGCGGAAGAACGGGACAUUGAGCGGUUUGAAUAUCUACUGACUGGCAUGCGUAAAAACAACAUUGCACUCAAGGCUGUAUGUAUGCAGCUGGUCAACGCCCUGAUCUCCCGUGGCGAGGAGCUGGACUUUAGGAUCCACAUCCGCUCAGAGCUCAUGAGGCUCGGCCUGCGCGACCUGCUCAAUGAACUGAGGAACAUUGAGAAUGAGGAGCUGAAGGUGCAGUUGCAAGUGUUUGAUGAGCAGGCGGAGGACGACUCGGAGGACUUCAGGGCUCGGCUGGACGAUGUCCGCAUAGAGAUGGAUGAUACGACGGAGGUGUUCCAGAUCCUUCUGAAUACGGUGAAGGACUCCAAGGCCGAGGGCUACUUCCUGUCCCUGAUGCAGCACCUGCUGCUGGUGCGCAACGACUACAUGGUCAGGCCACAGUACUACAAACUGAUAGACGAAUGCAUUGCCCAGAUUGUGCUGCACAGGAACGGGGCCGACCCGGACUUCAAGUGCCGCAACUUGCAGAUCGAAGUGGAGAAUCUCAUCGACAAAAUGGUGGACAAGACCAAAGUGGAGCUCAGCGAGGCCAAGGCUGUGGAGCUGGAGAAGAAGCUGGACGCGGAGCUGACGGCGCGGCACGAGCUGCAGGCGGAGCUGAACAAGAUGGAGAGUGACCUCAAGCAGCAGCUGCAGGAGCUGAGCGCCGAGAAGGAGCGCCUGGGCUCGGAGAAGGGCGAGAAGGAGAAGGAGAACCAGGGCCUGCAGGGCCGCAUCAGCGAGCUCAGCGACAAGAUUGAGAAGCUCUCCAAAGACCUGGAGGAAGCCAAGACCAAGGUCAUCACCGUGACUGUGCCCGUGCCCGUGCCUGCGUCAGUACCCUCCGGUCCUGGCCAUCCCGGGGUGCCCUCUGCUCCUCCACCUCCGCCACCUCCUCCGCCCCUCCCAGGUCAGACCGGCCCCCCACCCCCAGUGCCAUGCCCCGCCGCCCUGCCCAUCCCACCGGGACCACCACAGCCUGGCAUGCCCGCUCCCCCACCACCGCCCCCUUUACCGGGCAUGCCUGCUCCCACCGCCACCCCCCCACUCCCGGGCAUGCCCGGUCCGCCACCACCCCCACCCUUGCCAGGCAUGUCCGGUCCCCCUCCGCCACCCCCACUGCCAGGCAUGGCUGGCCCCCCUCCUCCUCCACCUCUCCCUGGGAUGCCGGGGAUGCCCCCUCCACCACCUCCUCCGCCCGGCGGCCCUGGCGCACCCCCUCCGCCACCUUUCAUGGCGGGCAUGCCUCCCCCUCCACCCGGGGGCUUCGGAGGCUGGCCCGUCAAAGCUCUGCCCUUCGGCCUGGAGCCUAAGAAGGAGUACAAGCCAGAGGUCCAGCUGAAGAGAGCCAACUGGUCUAAGAUUGGCCCAGAGGACUUGUCUGAGAACAGCUUCUGGACCAAGGUGAAGGAGGACCGUUACGAGACCAGUGAGCUCUUAGCCAAACUGACCCUCAGCUUCUCCUCACAGACCAAGACUUCAAAAGCUAAGAAGGACCAGGAUGGGGCGGAUGAGAAGAAGGUGGCCCAGAAGAAGAAGGUGAAGGAGCUGAAGGUCCUCGACUCCAAGACCUCACAAAACCUGUCUAUUUUCCUGGGUUCAAACCGCUUGCCAUAUGAGGACUUCAAAACUGCCAUCCUGGAAGUGAAUGAGAAAGUGCUCACUGAGAACAUGGUGCAGAGCCUGAAUAAGCUGUUGCCAGAGCCUGAGCAGUUGAGUGUGUUGGCUGAGUUGAAGGAUGAGUACGACGACCUGGCCGAAUCAGAGCAGUUUGGAGUCGUGAUCAGCUCGGUGAACCGGGUGAAGCCGCGCCUGAACUCCAUCCUGUUUCGGCUGCAGUUCGAGGAGCAGCUGAACAACCUGAAGCCGGACGUGGUGGCCGUGUCGGCCGCCUGCGAGGAGAUGCGCCAGAGCAAGUCCUUCUCCAAGCUGCUCGAGCUCAUCCUGCUCGUGGGCAACUACAUGAACGCCGGCUCGCGCAACGGCAAGGCCUUCGGCUUCAGCAUCAGCUACCUGUGCAAGCUGCGAGACACCAAGUCUGCGGACCAGAAGCAGACGCUGCUGCACUUCCUGGCGGACCUGUGCCAAGAGGAGUACCCCGAAGUCAUGCACUUCGCUGACGAGCUCAUCCACGUGGAGAAGGCCAGCAGAGUGUCUGCUGAGAUGCUGCAGAAGAAUCUGGGUCAGAUGGGCAAGCAGAUUCAGAACCUGGAGAAGGACAUUGAGAGCUUCCCACCACCCCAGAGCGACAAGGACAAGUUCGUCGAGAAAAUGACCGUCUUCGUGGCCACCGCCAAGGAGCAGUACGAGAAGCUGGAGCUGAUGCACAAGAACAUGGAGAAGCAGUACGAGGAGCUGGGCACCUACUUCGUCUUCGACCCCCGCAAGAUCACCCCCGAGGACCUCUUCGGGGACCUCAACAACUUCAAGAACAUGUUCCAAACAGCGGUGAAGGAGAACCAGCGGCGUAAGGAGUCCGAGGAGAAGAUCCGCAAGGCCAAGCUGGCCCGGGAGAAGGCCGAGAAGGAGAAGGAGGAGAAGGCUAAGAGAAGUCAGAUCCUUGACAUCAAUGCAGAGGGUGAUGAGACUGGUAUCAUGGACGGCCUGUUGGAGGCACUGCAGUCUGGAGCUGCGUUCAGGAGGAAGAGAGGACCCCGACAAGCAGCUAACCGAAGAGGAGGUGGCCAUCCAAUGACGAACAUUCUCGCCCAAGAGCUGAUGCAGGAGGAAGCCACGCCCAAAAAGAAGGCGGCGAAGAGUAAGGAGGAGCCUUUGGGGGACGCGGAGUCACUAGAGAACCUGUUGGAGGACGUCCCCUCCCGCUCCCACUAGCCUCUGAGUCACCCCUGACCACCUUAUGGACUUCCUGUGGCGGCCACGAAACGGACUGACCGGUGGGGCUCUUGACUGAGCACCCCCCGCGUCCCCUCCUACAUGUAGAGCAUGCUGGCUGCGUUUUCUUACUGAAGUGGCCCGUGUCACUGAAGACUGGACCUCUCGGUCACUGAGGACUCCGUCUUUCCAUUUUUUUUUAUUUUUAUCAACAUCUUUAAUCUCUUGCUCUUUGUCUCAUUGCUCUUCCUGCUUCCUGCUUCUCUGUGGGGCCCUUCCAACAGAAGGGCAUCAUGGGAAAAUCCAAAGACGCACUCAAAAACGAAACUCGUCAGAAUUUCGAUGGCAAUUCCCAAUCUGCAGCUGCCAACUCCUAAGUCUGCAUCCGAGAUCCUGCCAGAAUUGGGCUGCCUGCUCAAAGCAUUCAGCAUUCAGACUUGGGGGCAUUUGUUAUGUCUGUUUUGUGUUUUUGUUCGUCUGUUUUUUAACAUAGUGCUUCUGCAGCCACUUUUUUUUUUCUUUUUUUCAGUUUGAUUAAUUGAAAAGGCAAAAUAAUAUAACAUGCUCAUUUAAUAAGUUUCUACACACAUUCAAGUGCCAAUUUUGAGGUAGGGAUUAUGUAACUGCACAUUUCAGUAAUCACAUCGUCCUAUGAGAGUGAGUUAAUGGUGGAUGGGCAACCAGUCACAAACCUCGUUAUUUAGCGGUUAAUGUGUUUUUGCUAGCGUGCGCUCGAGAUAUGUUUAUGGUGAAUGAUGUUUAUUAGGGGUAGAGAUCUGAAAGGUCUGCUACCUAAACACAUGGUUUGUGUUUCUUUUUUUUUUUUUCACUUUUCUGUCACUUUUUCAUCAUCUGAAACAUUCUGCUGUUGAUUAUGUUUCUAAAUAUAGAGAGCCUCUGAUCACGAGUGGCCCCAGCCCAUUGUGUGCGUGCGCGUGUGUUUAUGUGUGUGUGUUUAUGUGUGUCUGUGUGUGUGUGGGAUGGUUGUGUACAUUUAUGCACUGGCCCUAUAAUUACUUUGCUGCCUCCACUGUCAUAAAUACAGUUUCAUGUGCGGUGCUGAGGUUUGUGUAUGUGUGUGUGAGCAACUCACUGACUAUGAGUCUGUGCAGUGUGUGUGUGUGUGUGUGUGUGUGUGUGUGUUCAUCUGUCACAAAUAUUCAAUUUUAUACACAGCGCUCUGAUCUUUCUGCUGAGUGAACUGUCCACUGUUGGCCAGAACUGCUGAAACAGACAUGCCUGCCACAUCAUGUACAUGUGCAUGUUGUGGUCAAUUCUAAGCGAAAUGCCCAAAGGUGGUAUGGUAGCAUGCAUGUGGUAUGGUAAAUGCAAUUUACAUAAGAAAGGCAACCGUGUUACCUAUGAUUGCCUGUGUUGUUUUGGAAUGUGCAUGUUUGACAGGUAGGCAUGUAAUUUAUGCAGGUACCAGAAAUGUGCUUUUUUUGCGUUCUUAAGGUUAAUUAAGACAUUCAUCACACCAUAUACUACAUGGGUAUAGAGUCUGUAUGGGGAUAUACAGUCUGUGAAUCGACCAUGAUCAUUUUGGGGCUCCCAGUUGGGGCUUGUAUCUUAAGUCGAUCACAGGAAAAAACAAUGCACCCAUAUUAGUCUUUUAAAGCGUUGGUUCCAGGUCUGAUACCUGGCUGUGUUUCCAGUGCCUGUGGCUAUUGAAAUGCUGACCUCAGUUCAGUAACUCGCCCUUGAGACGCUUACUUUGACUCGCAUGUCGCCCCCUGAGAUCAGGAGCUCACCUCACAGUUACGCUCUGGCACAUUACCAUGGUGUUCCAGUGAGGGACUGGGCUGGUUUGUUGUGUGUAAGCCACCAUGACCAGGUUUUGUGCUCCACACACUUGUACGUUCAGGACCAAAAAUGGCUGUCAACAUCAAUGAGCUUCCAUAAAGCGUGUCUUCCUGGAUGUUUUGACUCUAGGGUUCUACCGAACGAAAACAUCCCCCCUCGCUGGACUUCAUGGAAAUGCCACACAACCACCAAAAUCAUGGCAUGGCUGCGCUGCACUGCAGUCCGUGGCCCUGCGCAGGCAGGAUAUGAGGAGGGAUGAGAGCCAGCUUGUGGUGAGGGACCGCUUGGUCCUCCGGCAUAGAGUCCGUUUCAAUUCAGUCCAGAGGCCAGGUCACUGCCAAACGGUUUUUGCCCAUUACGUGUCUUUGUUAGCCACCAAGCAAGAAGCAGAACAUGGCAAUAUUGUCAAAGUAAUAUAUAUAUAUAUAUAUAUAUAUAUAUAUAUAUAUAUAUAUAUAUAUACUGUAGGUUGCAGAAUGUUUCUUUCAGAAAAUGCUUGAAGAUGUCUGCUGUUAUUGUUUUUUCUGAAGUGAUGUGUUUCUGGAAAAGUAUCACUGGAGUAAAAGAAAAUCACGCUUUGUUACAGUUUCAUUUUCUUUUUUAAUAAAAAGGACACUUGAUUUUCUACAUGUAUUUUUAUUCAUGAUUGUGCUUUAAUGUAAAUGCAUUGAGACUGAUUCAGAUCUUCGAUCUUAUGUGGAAUUGAUUCAGAUCGAUCACAUGUUGAUAAGUCAUGUUUCAAGGACCUCAAUGUAGAAACUCUGUUGCUCAAACUCAUAUUAAAGCGUUGUCAAUAAAUUCUUGUCUUUUGC